AUGUCUGAAUCUUUAAGGGAAUUAACAACUGCUGGUAGAAUCAAAAUGCCAUCCUAUGAAACUGUUGUAAAUUGGGUUAAUAGAUCAUGGAACGCGAUUGAUAUUGGUUUGAUCCAAAGAUCUUUUAAAUGCUGUGGCAUUUCUAACAAACAUGAUGGAACAGAAGAUGAUUGGAUUUUUAAUUAUGAACGUCUUGGGCAAGCAAAAUCAGAAAUUGCAUAG